CGAAAAUUGCGAGGGAGACGCAGAAGAGCGAGUCGCAAGAACAGAACAGAACUGAACUGCCCUCCCAUUUCUCCAAACCCCAUCUAUAAAUCUUCCUCCUCCCUCGCACCUUCAAUUUCCUCCUCUUCCAUCUUCUCCACGCCUUGGAAUUUACUUCAAUUCAGAAAACCAACUUUGCGGCAAUAUUUGUACACCAGUUUAUAAUGGAUUCCUUCCUCUUCACUUCCGAGUCUGUCAAUGAGGGCCAUCCCGACAAGCUUUGCGACCAAGUUUCAGAUGCUAUCCUUGAUGCAUGUCUUGAACAAGAUCCUGAGAGCAAGGUCGCUUGUGAGACCUGUACCAAAACCAACAUGGUGAUGGUAUUCGGUGAGAUCACAACCAAGGCUACAGUCAAUUACGAGAAAAUAGUUCGAGACACUUGCAGAGGAAUUGGAUUCGUCUCUGCUGACGUCGGUCUUGAUGCUGACAACUGCAAGGUCCUGGUGAAUAUUGAACAACAGAGCCCUGAUAUUGCCCAAGGAGUCCAUGGACACAUGACUAAGAAACCUGAGGAAAUUGGAGCUGGAGAUCAAGGCCACAUGUUCGGUUAUGCCACAGAUGAAACACCAGAGCUCAUGCCACUGACCCAUGUCCUUGCGACAAAACUUGGUGCCAAGCUCACUGAGGUCAGAAAGAACCAAACCUGCCCAUGGCUUCGACCCGACGGUAAGACGCAGGUGACUGUCGAGUACAAGAAUGAGAAUGGAGCCAUGGUCCCUAUCAGGGUCCAUACCGUUCUAAUCUCAACCCAGCAUGAUGAGAGCGUAAAAAACGAGCAGAUUGCUAAGGAUCUCAAAGAACAUGUCAUUAAACCAGUCAUUCCAGCGAAGUAUCUUGAUGACAAGACUAUCUUCCAUCUCAAUCCAUCUGGUCGGUUCGUCAUUGGAGGACCCCAUGGCGAUGCAGGACUGACUGGAAGGAAGAUAAUCAUUGAUACUUAUGGAGGGUGGGGUGCUCAUGGUGGUGGUGCCUUCUCAGGGAAGGAUCCAACCAAGGUAGACAGAAGCGGCGCAUACAUUGUUAGACAAGCAGCAAAGAGCGUAGUUGCAUCGGGGCUAGCUCGCCGCUGUAUCGUGCAGGUUUCUUAUGCAAUUGGAGUAGCAGAACCUCUGUCCGUGUUUGUAGACAGCUACAAAACAGGGAAGAUCCCAGAUAAAGAUAUCCUUGCUCUAAUCAAGGAGAAUUUUGAUUUUAGACCUGGAAUGAUGGCAAUCAAUCUCGACUUGAAGAGAGGAGGAAACUUUAGAUACCAGAAGACAGCUGCUUACGGUCAUUUCGGCCGUGAUGACCCCGAUUUCACUUGGGAAACUGUAAAGCUUCUCAAGCCAAGUGCCUAAUUGGCUCAGUUUAGCGUCCGCAAGUGAUCAUCACACUGCCAUCAGUGUGCUUCCAGGAAGAAUAAAGAAGCAGCUUUUUUUGUAGACUCAAGUGAGAAGCGUGGAUGAGAUAUGCCCUCUGAUUAGCUGAGAUGCAGCUCUGUACUUGCAUCCUCUAUGUUCUCUAUUUUUUUCAAUCUUUUGUCCCAUUUUUUUUCAUUUGCUCCCGAGGCCAAAUUUAAUUUGGCCUCGGAUAUAUUACAAUGUUGUAUGUUCUUUUAUAUCAAAUUUCAAUUUCAUGACUUUACCUUCUCAAGGUGAUCAUUUACAAGUUU